AUGUCGCCGCGAGUGGUCAUCGUUCUUGUGAUUCUCGUCGUUGCUUUUGCCGACGGUCAAAAUGAAAUCUAUCAACUUACUGACGAGGAGUACUAUAAGAUGCCACAUCUCUUCCAUCUGGACGAGUACGACGGUUGCUUAGCAACAGGAGAUGCCUACUGCCUCGGGAGCUUCGAGCUGUCUGCCGAUAAGGACAAUAAACUCUUCCAUACUAUGCAGCGCUACUCGGCUAAUUGGGUGGACAACUUCAACCACACGCGACUGCACCGCGGCCUUUGCUUGAAGCGAAGCUGCUCUGAGCACGCUCCACCGCUGCUGACACGCCCCGCAACACACGAUGAACUGCAAGCCUGGUUUUCAUCAUGUGUAAACACAACAAUGCAACGUGGCUAUAAUCUCCGUGCUCGGUUAUAUCAGCUUGACUACUGUAAGACGAGUGCUGUAAGAUCAGGGGGUCCGUUGUCUGCCAGCGAAAAGGGCUUUGCAGCCGCUCUCGCAGCAGUGCUCGCGUUGGCGGUAGUCAGUACUACCCUGGAUCUUACGCUGUCCGAUGACGCGAAAAAAGGCGCUGGCUGGGCACUUUCCUGGUCUUUGCGUCAAUCAUGGCGCACGUUGACAGCGCCUCCUCCUGCCCCAGCUGACUGCGAUCUUCGAGCAUUCGAUGGUCUCCGAGUCUUCUGCAUGCUGUGCGUCAUCAUCGAACACGUCUGUUGGCUCGCCACGUUGUCCUAUCUCGCUGAUACCAGGUUCACAGAACAGACUCGUCGCGCAACUGACGUGAUGCUGAUGACGAACAGCACUCUGGUGGUGCAGAUCUUCUUUAUCAUGUCCAGUUUCCUUCUCUCUCACAAGCUGCUGCAAGAUCGGUCCCAUGUGCCGCCAAUACGGACCUUCAUUCAAACAAUGUUUAAUAGGAUUAUAAGACUUAGUCCGAGUUACUUCGCAGUGGUGUGGUUCGCGGCGAGCUGGUGGCAGCGGCUCGGACACGGACCGCAGUGGGAUCCCCUGGUUGGGGCCGAGGCACAGAUCUGCAGGAAUAAAUGGUGGACCCAUCUCCUUUAUCUCAACAACAUCAUCUAUCCAGAUGAUAAGUGUCUAAUUCAGACUUGGUACUUAGCGGCGGACACUCAGUUAUAUGCCUUAGCGUUGGCAAUGACACUUCUACUUCGUAACCGCAGAGGAACUACCGUGGUGCUGGCUACUUUACUGCUCAUAGCAACCGGAGUUACCUUCGCCCUCGCGUACAUCUGGCACCUCGUGCCUACGUUUAUAGUGCAUAGGCCGGAAUCAGUACGUGCGAUAUACCACGGAGAUGCGUCAUUCAACGUGCUGUACCAGUCUCCGCUGGGCAACGCUGUUGGCGCGCUGUGCGGCCUGUUGCUGGCGCAUGCGCACCACGCGCUGCGCCGUGCUGGACUGCAGCCACAGAACUGUCAGGUGUUCCGCUGGGUGUCUGUAUGCGCAGCUCCGCUGGCGCUGUGGUGGGCGGCGCUGUCUCCGCUGCUGGUGCCAGCGGGCCAUCCCCCGCGCGCUGCUGCUGCAGCACUCGCGGCACUCGAGAGACCUGUGUUCGCCCUGCUUGUGAUACUGGCAUUACUCGGUGCUAUCAAUGGAGUCAAAUCACCGUGGCGCACGUGGCUGUCGGGUCGCGGCUGGGCGUUUUGCGCGCGGCUGUCGUUUGGCGCGCUACUGCUGCACAUGCCUCUCAACAAGGCGUUGCUCGCCUCCAGAAUAACUCCCAUACAACUCGACAGACAAAACGCUAUAUUUGAAUGGUUCGGAGUAGCGGCCAUAUCUUACGCGGCGGCGUUACCACUUGCUUUACUUGUGGAAAUACCAGUACAACGGCUGCAUCGAGAACUUACAAAAUCACGGCAAAAAACAAAGCAAGAACGCCAGCCUCAGCACGUUCAGUUAUCCCAGAAGACAGAGAAGACUGAUUUGCAAUAGUACAUAACACAAAAGUGUUGACGAAAUAAGCUCAAACAUUGAUGGUGUCAUCAACAGUUUGUAGCAUGUGCCAUGUAGCCAGCUACAUGUUAUUGUAAAUAUAUUAAUAAUUCGGACGAGAAUUGUGAAUAUCACUAACAUAUAAGGUAUUUGUAUCCUAAUCCAAAAUAUGGCGAAUAAACGUUAAGGUUUAUAAAUGACGGCCAUUACUUGUUUUCAUAUGUUCAUCAGAAAUAUUAUUUUUGAGCGUAAAAUUUUAUUUGAACUAAGGUUAUAGUUAUUUGAGAAAGUUUUUUAUAUCUGGAAUUAGGUUCUAGAAUUUAGUUUAUGAGUAAAAGUGCAUCGAAGUAUACAAUAUUUAUAUUACAGAAUUUGAUUUGCAACAAGAGAUGCAUUCAUUUGUAUGUAUAAUAGUAUUAUAUUAUUAAUUUCAUGGAAUCAACAUUCUGAUAGCUAAAAAGGUAAGUCGCCACUAUCGUAACACCUGUAUUAAGAGUUGACAUUGCAAUCUCUUGAAAAAAGAGAAGUAACAUUUCUCUUUUAUGCAGGUAUCAUGACAAUUCCAAUUUACAGUAAAAAUAUUUUUUAUCAAGAAUGUUAAUAAGAUCAUAGAAUAA